AUGGACGAAUCGAAAUCCCUGAAAUCCGUCUUCGCGCAGGCAGAAGAGCGCCGGCUGGCCCUCGAGGGCGCCUUCGAGGUGACGGAUCCCAGCUAUCGCGACGUCCUGUCGCAAGCCAUAGAAGACUACACAGAAUGUCUCGACCUCAUCAGCCAGCUACGCAUCUUCAGCCCCAACGAGUCUCUCGAGGACCUCUCCACAGGCGACCUGCCCUAUCUGCUCGUCCACUUUCACCUCGCAGAGCUCAUUCAGAAAAUCCACACCACAUCGCCGAAAGAGCGCUGCCAGGUAGUCGACCAGACGCGUUCCUGCUACGAGCGCUUCCUCUUGGCUCUCGACAGCUACAGCAUACUCGAGCCACAAUAUGCCAAGAUGCUCGAGACGUACACGGAGGACCCAGUAUCCUUCUCAACGAUAUCCUCCUCCGACCCAGCCGCGCGCCGCAACUCCAAGAUCGCAAACUACAAAGCCGAGCAGGCCCUGAAGCAAAAGCUGGCAUUUUUGCGCAAGCACCCAGGCUAUGGUGACCCAGACGCAGAGGAUGAUUUUGGGGGCGACGAGGAGAUUGUGCGCCAGGUUCACCUUGCCAAUCUGGCGCUGAGUGUGCACAUGGCCUUUCAGCAGCUCGAAUCGCUCAACCGUGAGGCCGAGAUCCUAGCACAAGCACCCGAGCCUUUACUUCCCCAGGCCAGCACUGUGGAGGACGACGAGCGGCGGCGACGAGAAGGUCUGAGGCAAGACGGCUAUUCAGACCGACUGGACAGGCCUUUCAAGCGGUUACAGAGCUUCAACGGGCCUCUCCUCAGCAAGGAGGGCAAACCCCUGCAGCCCUUUACGAUCGUCGGCAACAGACAAGACCUGGCGAAGCAAGUGUUUAGGCCGGGCCAUAAUCUGCCAACGAUGAGCAUCGACGAGUACCUAGAAGAGGAGAAGCGGCGAGGUGGGAUCAUCGAGGGCGGUGGAGAGGCAAGUUGGCACAGGCCGGAGCCAGAUGAAGACGACAUUGAGAAGGCAGAUGAGGAUACCAUGAAGGCACGAGCGUGGGAUGAGUUUGUAGAAGCAAACCCAAAGGGAAGCGGUAACACUUUAAACCGAGGAUAA